AAGAUUUGGCUGCAGACAUGGCCAUGGAAUAGACUGUGCAGCAAGGCUUUUUAAAAGAGGUGAUAGGCUUGCCGGAAUGAAGCUACGAACCACAGUUUCCUUGGACUUGGUACCGUAAUUGACACAGACUGAUAUGAUUCGGAUGUAGUUCGUCAACUGAAUACCCGUUCUCGGCUUGAGAUGGGGCACUCAUAGCUUCUGCGGCUGUUGUCCAGUUUGAAGAGACUCAAUUCUAAAAAAACUGGCUGAAACUUCAACGUUUGGUUCAGAUUUCCCCUGCAGGAUGCGCACGGUUCAUCACAAGAGGAGUCAACGAAGUAUUCAUGGAUUUACAUCAGACUCAAAAGUUGGUCAGCAUCCGACCCCGAUAGAAGAACCUAAAUACAUUAGUGAUGAACAUCUGUCAGCCCAAUCUAUUUCGUCCUCUGAACUGUACAGAAAUUACUGUGUGUUAGCCACAUCACUUCAAAUUGGGUACGAUUCAACCAAGCUAGUCAAUGUCAGUUUUUGCUAUGUCUCGUUGAACGAAACCUUUGUCUAACAUUCCGAAAUCUGUUCUGUAGAUCAGAGAAGUGGAAUCAGUCUCUUCGAGUACAAAUCUUUGAACACAGGAUGAAAUCUUCGAUGCAAUCCAUAUAUAUUAUAGUCUCGUUCUUGCUUUGGACUCGUCAUUGGCUUCUCCUGAUGACCUCCCACAUGAACAAUAUAGCCAAGCUCGCCAGAACAAACAUGCAGAGAGGCCAAUGUGCUUGAUCUACAGUUCAGAGGACGAAAUAGAUUGGGCUGAAUUUGUAGUAGCUAAAUUUGGUCAAUCAGGAGUAACAACAGCAAG